AUGAUAGCUUCGGAAGCGUGCCAUCACCUUGGCAUACCAACCACCAGGGCUGCGGCGCUUGUAGGUAAGGCUUCAAGACUUCAAGGGGUCUAUGAGACCACAUACUCACGCUUCGGGGACGGUCGCGCGGUGCUCCGCUCCUCCAUCAGGGAGAUGAUAGCUUCGGAAGCGUGCCAUCACCUUGGUAUACCAACUACUAGGGCUGCGGCGCUUGUAGUGAGCGACGACCACAAGGUCUGGCGCGACAAGUCCUACAUGGGCCAUGCGCGGCAGGAACGCGCAGCCAUCGUGGCCCGUGUGGCUCCCGCUUGGUACAGAAUUGGAUCGCUGGAGAUCCUGCUCAAGAGGCGCGAGCCGCAGCUGAUGACGAGACUCGUGGACCACGUCAUACAGCAUUACUUCCCCGAAAUAGACUCCACCGAUGAAGACAAGUACUUGAAGUGGUUUACUGAAGUGGCGCACAGGAACUUGGACUUGGUGGCCAAGUGGCAAGGCUUCGGCUUCGCUCACGGCGUGUUGAACACAGAUAACGUGAGCUUGCUCGGGCUUACUCUGGACUACGGGCCCUACGGAUUCAUGGACUACUACUACCCGCGGAUGAUUCCUAAUACUACAGAUGAUUUGGGGCGAUACUGUUACAAGAACCAACCUGAGAUAAUGCUGUGGAACCUGGAGAAAUUCGCAGAGUGCGUUGAACCCCUGCUGACUGACGAGCAGAAAGAAAAGUUUAAGGACAUCAGGGGGACUCUGGAGGAUUACAUCAAGCGAAAGGUUUUAGAAACAUUCAUCCACAAGUUGGGCCUCGAAGAAGUCAAAGAGGGAGACGACAUCCUCGUGCAGGAUCUGCUUGAGGUCAUGCAGACAGCCACGGCUGACUACACGGCCACCUUCCGGCAGCUGGCUAAGGUGGACCCUAGCGAUCUGGUCAACACGUCAUCACCCCACUGGUCUCUAAAUAAGCUGUCCGAAGCCAAACCGUGGCCGGCGUGGGUGGAGAAAUACAAAGCACGGGUGAAGCUUGAGAAUGUGGCCGAAGAGGUCCGCCGUAAGCGCAUGUUAGCCGUCAACCCGGCGUACGUGCCGCGCAACUGGAUGUUGCAAGAAGCCAUCGCUGAUGCCGAGAAGAACGACUUUGAGAAGGUGCGGUUCCUACUGAAGAUCUUCGAGAACCCGUAUGAAGAGAACGAGGAAGCGGACAACCGUGGCUACUCCUCGCUACCACCCACCUGGUCCUACGGCCUGAAAAUUAACUGCUCCAGCUAAAAUAAUUAGCUUAAGCUUCUAUCGAGUACAAAACAUUAGAUUGUAUUGAAUUGUAGGUCUACAGAGUCGAUGCCUGAGGUAUGAGAGCGGCACGGCUGUUUUUAUGAUGCUAGACGUCAGCGAGACUUCAGCCGGUCUAGGAUGUGCGCCGUGACAAAAUUUUAUCGAUGAUUUUAGAAGACUAAUGCAUGGGCUUAUAGCGAAUCGAUAAAAUGGCGCGAUAAAAACUUAUCACGGCGCACAUCAUAAGCCUACAGUUGUGCUUCAGACUUGUAUGCUCUGUCACGUCAUAUGUACAUAUUAUAAAUCAACCCCUCCCGCUCCUAUUCCUCAGGCAUUGACUUGGUUACUUGAUAGACCUAUGCUGUCCCCGUAAAAUUGUGAAUCCCGUCAGAUUUUUAUUCAAAUUCAAUCAAUUUCGGAAAUCAGGUUCUGUCUGGUCUGAGAGCACGUAGAAUUUUGUCCAAUGACCCCAAGCAACCUAUCCUUAUUGCUCGCGCGUAAUUAUGUUGCUGUCGCGCUCGCACACUCACUGCGGGCGCGCGUCGCACAGUCGCGACAGCAAUAUAAUUACGCGCGAUAAGGAUGGGUAGCUUGGGGUCAUUGGACAAAAUUCUACAUGCUCACAGACCGGGCUUUAGUAUUUGUAAAUACAUAAUAUCCGAGAUAUACUGUAAAUGGUUAGGUUAGGUUAGAUUGAAUUUAACUAUGUAACUGACGGAGUUAAUAUUUUUAUGGUGACGAACAUAACAAACUAUUUCAGGUUCUCCUUAACACAGUUUACCAUAUUUACUAGUCAUUCCAUAGUUUAUAGAUAACUACUUGCGUUCUUAAUGUCUCAUGAUUAAGGAGUUUAACUUCUCGAGACAUAUAGGGUAAACCAGAGAGUGAUUGCCCACUGGUAAAGGUGUACCAGAAUCUCAUGGCAAACAAAAAUAUUGGAAAAGUGUGUUUUUCAUAUGGCCAUUGUCUAUGGCUUUACUGUCACCUGUCAAAGUAAAUCAAGACAUCUGUCAGCCGCUGCAGAAAUUUUGUAAUCCCUUCAUGCCUAUUUGUUAUUUUUGUGAAAAAGUCGAAAAAGCUCAAGCAAAUUAUAUUGUUUUCAAUGUGUAUUGUAAAAUAGGGCAUAAUUCAAACUCAAUCUUUGAUUUUAAAGCGCGUCGUUGAGUUGACAGUAAGUUGGAGUGAAAUGUUUUGAUACAUUUAGUUUAUUACCUAACUGCGUCAGAAGGAGGGUGGGUUAUGUUUAUUUUUAAAUUAUUCUUACCUAAUAGCUGCUUUAUCGGGGUUUUCAGGUGUUUUAUUUUCAUACAUUGGUGCAGAGGAAUAGUGAAAAAGUUAUGAGCAUGUAAAGAAAAUUGAAAAAGAUUUCAUCAAGCUAGUUUGAGUAAUUGAAAUGCUGAAAGAGCGAUUUAUAUUAUACAGGGUGGAAUUACAUCCUGUAUUUUUAUUACAUCGAUCGGGUUAAGUAUAAGGAUGAAAUCUCUCUAACAAACUUGAUAAAUCAAAUGAAAGGAAAACCAUGAAAUCUUAAAUUAUUUUGAUAAUGUUACAUAAAAUUGUAUGGUAUAGUUAGUAGUGAAUUUUCGAAAAAAAAUCGAAAAUCUUUGAAUGCAGUUCUCUUUUUUUUUUUCAAAAAUUAAGGAAUGUUUUCUUUCAGUAAAAUUUUCUAUCUGCAGUAUUAAGAGUACUUUCCCUCCAGGUGGCAUUUUCCACCCUGUAUAAUAAACCUCUUUAACUUGAUCAUCUAUUGAAGAACAAGAAAUGCAAGUGGAGUUCUUAGAAUCGUUUUCUAGUUCUGAAUGAAGUGAUAAGUUAUAAGUAUACAGAUAAGAUAUAAAAUAUAUAGGUAGCCAUUCGUACUUCAUGUUCAUUAAUAUUAAAGUCAUAAAUAAAAAAAUAAAAAGUAUCAAGAUCGUUUAAUCCAAUUUCCCCAGUAUUGCACUCAACAAAGUUUAUUUUCCCCAUUUGCCAUGAGAUUCUGGUACACCUAUAGUGAUUGCCCGCUUUAAGAAUAAUAUUGUCAGGUGCUGACUUUGAAUCACUCUAGUUAGAUUUGAAUUUACUGAGUAGAUGGCUCCGAGAUCAAUGUACAGUAGAUUUAAAAUUUACAAUAGGAAACACUAAAAAAAAACAGUUAUGGCGGAUUUUGUCAAGACGGGUGAAAAUGUUACUCAAACAGGUAAAGACUUUAACAAUUUUACUAAGGAAUUACUUGCUUAGAGGUUAAUUUUUUUUUGCAAGUUAUUUAAUAUUCAACUAAUGUUGUAUAGUCAUGAUGAAAUUAUAAGUGUUUUCUCCAUAAUCAAUGAAAAUAAUUGAUAAAAUUUGAUUUGUAACGGUAAUUUUAACGGUGGGUAAUCACUGCACGUAAAUCUGUAUAUUUUUAGUUAUUGCCCACCAUCAUUUCAGUUAUUGCCAUAUGUUAAUGUAUAGUUAUUGCCCAAGGCAAUUAUUAUUAGAGUGUUGCCACCAUGCAGUAUCAGUGUUUAAGUUGCUCAUUGCUAGACUUGUUUUGCAAUUUACAGGCAUAAAUAUUGAAAUGGCUUUUAAUGUUUCAUUUUCAGUGUGCCAAAGACUCCAAAAGUUCAAUAUAGCAUAGAAAAUUUGCACAAAGCGAUUGAAGCUGUACCAGAUAUAACCAACAAUUUAUCUACAAGAUAAAUUGCUGAAAAAUAUGGUUUGGCUUGAAAAAAUUGAUAAAAAUUCAAACGCAAAUACAAAAAAUGAAAAUCCUAGGUUAAAUAUACUAGUGAAAAUGUUAAUUGUAAGGAAAUAGAUACAACUUUAGGGAAGAAUAACCAACAGCUAAUUGAACAUUCUGAGCAACCACUUGAACUGAUAUCAAAGAAGAUAAAAAAUAAAUACAUAUAAAAUUCAAAUUUUUGCGUCAUCUAUGUUUUGAAGUAGAUGAUUCUGUCUCUACCGAUUCUGACUCAUCAACAUUAGCUCAAGAAAUAUUUGAUAAUAUGUUAAUAAGGCCAAACGCAAUUUAUUUUGAAAUUUUGAAGACUGUACUACUAGAAUUUAAGUUUAAUGUUUUGUUUUGUUUAUUUAAAGCCUAUUUUGUCAUUUUAAAAUUGAUUAUUUUGUUUUAAGAUACUGGGCAAUUACUGUGCUUAGAUGUGGGCAAUUAGUGUACGUAAUGGGCAAUGACUGUACUUUUUGGAGGAUUUUAAAUUUAUUUCCAUAUUUUCUAAGUAACGUAAGUUUUAACUAAAAACUGUUAAUAUUCUGUUUAACAGUUUAUUGACUUAUAAGAAAAAAGUCAUAAAUGGUCGAUAAUUAAAAUACUUUCUUUAAUUUUUCAUCUCAAUGUGUUUGAAAUCUUUAAGUGGGCAAUAGCUAUACGGUUUACCCUACGAUUUUGCUGAUUAUAUUCGGUGUUAAAUUGAAUAAAAAAAUAUUCUUUGACAAUAGCAGAUUUUCAUGAAAUGAAUUAGGAUAGUUUUUAGCUUCAAGCAUUUUGUUACCUUAAUUUUAAGCACAAAACGUUGUUUAAGAAAAUAUAAUAUUUAUAUUG